CUGAUCACUUGCUUCGUGCCAUAUUGGAUCGUCGCGAUGCUCUGAGGUAUGGAACUGGCCAGAAGCCGCCGUGGUUUGUUGACCUUUGUGGUCGGUGGCGAGCCCUUUGAGGUGCCCUGGCCCUUUCUGGCGCUUCAUUCGCCCCAGUGGGCGGAGAAGUUGGCGGAGGAACCAGCAGUGGCUAAACAAGCGAUCGAGCUGCAGGGGGAGGCCGAUUCAUUCCGUGCCUUCUUGAACUACUUGCAGGGUGCCGAAGGUCCAACUGGAGAUUUGAACCCUGGCAAUUUCAUGGCAGUGCUGGAGUGGGGCGAGGAGUUUGGAGUCGAGCACAUCCGUGGCCAGUGCGAGGCCUUCCUGUUGGAUCCCCGCUGUCGGGAGGCCAUCGAGCUUUCGCCUGAUGAGGUCUUGGAGAUUGCAGCGCGCUACAACAUGCCCAAGCUCUAUCGCAAAGCCGUAGAGAUCACCGGACAAGGCAUGCAGUACAUCCAGGUUCCAGCACAGGCGAGGAACACGCGAUUUGAGGCGGAGGAUCUGCGGGUGGAUGUCUUGAAAGAGCACCUGGCCAUGGGCAUGAUGUCUGCAGAUGGGGAGAUGCGAUGCCGACAUCGGGCUGCAGACCAGAUGAUGUCAGAGCCUCUGAAAUGGAUUCGCCGAUGGCAAGUUGGGCGCUGCCCGAUGCCCACGAACGCGCAAGAAUCAUGUGGAAGACCCGGCCGCGGUUUCAGAAACCCAAAGCUCCAGAGCCUGAUCAUGACUGGCGGUCGCUGCAUCUUGUUUGGCCUCAUCAUUCCUUGCGGGGUGAGGAUUGGACAGCCGUGGCACAUGAGAUGCAGCCCACACCAUACCGUCGAGCACGCCAAAGGAGACAGUCGAGCCGCGUAGAGAGUGAACUGAGUGAACUCGGAUCUCUAGAGACACCGCUCAACAAAAGUUGAUCUCUCUGAGAAUCAGGGACUCAGGGACUGCAGGUUCAAUAUG